AUGCAGAUUGGGGAGAAGCCAGGAAUCAAACCACCAACCUUCCGAUUCGUAGAUGACCUGCUUUGCCGCCUGAGGUACAACCACAUUAAAUUGCCAUGGGGAAAAUAUGCACAUAUAAAAACACUUCCAGAGGAAACAUCUGCCCUCCUCCUCCUUCUCUUUCUGUCAUGGAACUCCCCUGUUCUUUCCUGUAAGGCUGUGAACAACAGCAAGUGUGAGUCUGCUCCAUUUGUACCAGGCCACAACCUGAUUGGGGAGGGAUUUGAUGUCAUCACCCUGCGCCGAAAAGGAGCCUACAUGAUUGAUGUAGCUACUUACCGCAAACCAGAUGGCACAUGUACUCUCUGCACCAACCGCCAUCAAAACAAAACUGUACAAAAACUGCCGGCCUCUGUUCUGGACUGGCGUGCAAUCAGCCGAUGCAAUGCCGAUAUCUUCAGCAGUGCACACACCACUGUUAGUUCCCUACUUAACACUUAUACUGCCCAGGACAUCAACGACUGGAAGGUUGGACUAAGUAUAAAUAAGCUUGUAUCUACUACUGUGGGGAUGGGAGGAACACACUCCACGGCGUAUGCAUUUGCUUCAAAAAGGACCAGAGAGGACCACUACUCCUUCAGCACACACACGGUCACCUGUAGCCAUUAUCGUUACCGGGUAUCAAGCACACCGAUUCUUAGCUCUGAGUUCAGCAGGGAUGUGGCCAGUUUGCCAAGUCACUAUAACUCCUCCACCAGAGCUCAGUACAACGAGGUCAUAGAUACCUACGGCACACAUUACAUUCGCCAGGUUCAUCUCGGGGGUCGUCUUAGGCGAGUCACAGCUGUACGAACUUGUUUGUCCAGACUGAAUGGAUUCUCCUCAGAUGGGUUCCACUCCUGCCUGUCGAUAGGUGUCUCCAUUGGCUUGGGAAAGCUUAAUCCAUCUUCUGUUGCGCAAUCUUGCAAAAACAUGCUGGGAAACCAUGACGUUGCCACUAGGUAUAGCUCUGGUCUCCACCAACACUACACGGAUGUGGUAGGAGGUAAUGGGUGGUUGGGAGAGUUUUCGCUUGCAUAUGAUGACUCCCUGGAUUUUAAAAACUGGCUGAACAGCCUGAAGGAUCAUCCAGAUGUUGCUUCCUACUUCCUUCGCCCAAUGUAUCAGCUGAUACCGAAAGGCACAAAGAAGGCAGGGAUGAAGGCUGCCAUAGAGCAGUACAUAACAGACAACACUGUGCAUACAUCACACAGUGAACAUAAUUGUUGGCGGGGCAAUCCUAACCUAGAUUUCAACUGCUGUCCUCGAAAUGCCUGGAGGGGGAAGCUAACUGUGGAAAUCACCCGAGCCUGGAAUCUGGCAGGAGAUUAUCUUGGCUCAACUGACAGCUAUGCCAAGGUGAAGUUUGGUUCCAUCAUUGAGCAAACUCGUAUGAUUGAAUCAAAUGAUCCCCGGUGGAAUGCUUAUUUUAAUCUUGGACAGGUGGACACACACACUGAUGUGUAUGUUGAAUUAUGGGAUGAGGAUCUGUACUAUGAUGAUCUCCUGGGAUCAUGUUCCCGGCGUCCAACUCAGGGGACACGUAUAUUUUCCUGUUCAGCUGACAGUGGCGGUUAUGAGUUCAAGACCACUCUGACCUGCGACUCACAUCUCACAGGAGACUGGUGUCACCAGUAUAAACCAUCUCCAUAA